AUGGAGCUCCCGCAUAUUCACAAUGUCUCGCCAAGGCGACCUAGUCGGCGCAGCAAGCGCAGUCACACAGCUCCUAUGGACAGCUCUCUAGCCCGCCGUGCCGGAGCACUGACUCUCCUCACAUUGAUAUCUGGUACGGCAUCGGCGCAAAGCACUGGUGGAUGUAUAUCAUUAAAGAGCUCAAAGGCAUGUCCUGCUUUUGGAUUGGCGUCUGUUUCGACCAACAGUGGCAUGAUACAGGUCUAUCCUUUUUUGCAAUUUGUAUCCGACACAGCCUCUUUCGACUACCAGUUGACCACUUACGUGAAAACAUCUUAUGUCAAAGACAAAUACCAAAGCUUGUUUGGAUGUAGUAAUAUCAACUAUACUGACUCGAGUGAUAUGUAUGCUCGGUACACAACAACCCUGUUGUGCAACACACUCGUUCAAAAAUCAAUUGGGCCUUGCUCACUUUCUGGUAAUGCCGCGCGACCUUUAUGUGCCGACACUUGCGCCGACUUUGCGCAGAGUGAAGCCUACAUUACCGCAAACAAGAAUCUCUGCUCGAAUCCAGGGCCCGAUCUUAGCAAACUCAUCCGCGCCGACUUUGCAACCUGCUCUCUCCCCGACGAUGCCCUUACUAGCAAAUGUAUUGCGGGCUUUGACAAUGAGUCAGAUAACUGUGGUUUUGGUAACAGCACCAUUGGUCUUUGCUCUUAUUGUGCUGCUGGAGGCACAAACUCAACAGACACGUGCUGCUAUAACGCCAACGCCGAGAAGCGAUGUGAAGGUGUAAAACUCCCUACCAUCACCGCGACCAUGACCUUUACGACACCGACGGCGACUUCGACGUCAACUUCAACUAGCACCCCAGACACUUCCAACGGCAAUGAUGGUGGACACAGACUCAGCGGUGGUGCUAUCGCAGGCAUUGUUAUCGGCUCGCUUGCCGGAAUUGCCCUUCUGGCUCUUGCCAUCUUUUUCUGUCUCCGAGCUUCGCGGCGCCGACGCGGAAGCCAACAAGGCAGCAUCUUCAACCAACCAUCGCCUGCGCGAAAAGGCCCUCUAAUGGCACAAGCCAAGCAGACCGCACCGGAAGGAUAUGAAGUGCUACCUGGUGGACGAGUAGCUCGAAUGGCUGCGUUGGAAGGUCACACCAGCGGAUCACCAACGCAACGAAAUGGCAGCAAUGGAGUGGCGGCUUUUGUGGGCAGUGGUCCUCGCAAGGGAACUGAUACACAGUCUUCGUCAGACGAGUACGCUGAAUCGCCCGAGCGUGGAGGUGUCUUGCGGCCCCCUCCUACUUCUAGAAGACAUGGCUCCUUGUCAAGCGGUUCCGUGCUGGGAAGCGAUGGCCCUCAGUCGCCUGGCAGUGCUGGGUAUUCUUCACCACUCGGCAUGGCGAGCCAACAAUCAGAGCAGCUACCCUUCUUCAAAGACUACUAUUCCCAGGAUGAUAUCCAUCCUUCCGAUAAGGUGGCAGUUCUCUGGGCGUAUCAACCACGUGCUGCUGACGAAUUCUCCCUCGAGCGCGGUGAUAUGAUCAAGGUCGUCGGAAUCUGGGACGAUGGCUGGGCUACAGGCAUCAUGCUGGACGAGCGUGCAGAGGAGUGGGAGGCUAGACGACAGGCCCAACGAGACAGCGGCGUCUCAAACACAUCGGGUAUUCGGGAUGAAUCGCCUGAAGCCCAAGGCGAUAUGAAAGCCUUCCCCUUGGUUUGUGUCUGUCUCCCGGAACACUGGAGAAAGACGAUAGAGGGCGACGGCUCAACGGAAUCCGCAUCAAGUCCAGUGCCCACAGGACCUACGCAUAUUUCAUGA